UUGCCCCGCCUGGCGCAGCUGCUCCUUUGAUGCCACUGACUGAGGAGAUUCAUUCACACACACAAUAACAUCGCAGUAAUCAUGUUUCUGCUGAGAUUGAGUCUAUGUCUGCUGGGGAUCGUCAAUGGAAUUGUCCCCGAAACCUCGAAAACAAAUAUGGACAUUAUUGCAAAUAUGGAGACUAAUCUAGUGCAAGGACAAACGACAUUGAACGAGAUGUUUCGGGAGGUGGAGGAAGUGAUGGAGGACACGCAGCAGAAAUUUGAGGACGCGGUGCAUCAGAUCUUCCAGAUUUCCCCUGUUUUUCCUCAGAUGGACAAUGAGAGUGCAAAAUCAAGCAUCAGACCACACAAUGUCUCUUCACACCUCCAGAAUGAAAGCAGUAUUGACAUCACUGCUGGGAAUCAAUCCAUGUAUAUUAUUGAGAGAACCAACAAGAUAACAGACAAUGCAACUGAAAUGGCAAACAUCUCCAAAACUAUACAAUCCAGUGGUAAAGAGAAUGGCAUUGAUCAUGAGUGUGUCAUUGAUGAAGACUGUGAGAAGGGCGGGUAUUGUCUCUAUGAGACUCAUAGCUCAAAGUGUCUGCCCUGCAAACAGCUUGAUGCGACAUGCACCAAAGAUGAAGAAUGUUGUGCGGGACAGCUGUGUGUGUGGGGUCAGUGCUCAAACAACAGCACAAAGGGAGAAGAAGGAACUAUCUGUCAAUAUCAAAGUGACUGUAAAGAAGAGCUCUGCUGUACCUUCCGUAAAGCUUUGCUAUUCCCAGUCUGCAGCUCUAAGCCAGUAGAACGUGAGCGUUGCGUAAUUUCAGCCAAUCACCUGCUGGAGCUGCUGUCUUGGGAUAUGGAGGGGGAGGGUCCUCAAGAGCACUGUCCUUGUGCUGGUGACCUGCAGUGCCAACAUCGUGGGCGAGGUACACUGUGCCUGAAGCGUCAGAACUCCAGUGAGGAGGACCUAACUGACGCUCUGUACUCCGAGGUUGACUACAUUGUCUAGUGAGACUUUGCCUGAUUUGACAGUCAGAAGAAGAGGAGCUCCUGAUAAAGAAUAUGUAUGUGUGGCGAGGAGGAGGGUGGGGCCAGCCAGGCCAUUAUGAUGCACGCCCGGCCCCUUAUCCGGCUAAGCAAGCUGACGAGAGGGAUAAUUGCUGCCGGAGGCUGCAGUUUGGGAGAGAGCUACAGGCAGCUCUCUCUCUGGGGUGGGCCCUUCCGCCCCACCUGCCGGCAGGUCUAUCCCGCCUUCUCAGACCUGGGAAGGAGAUAAGGGGAGGGAAAAGCAACAAAAAAAAAAAGAGAGGAAAAGGCCAACAUGGAGCGACUGCAUCUUCCAAGAGAGAGGAGAGGGGGAAAAUAAAUAUCCUUACUCGCCGUUGCCUGGUCCUCGGUCACUCCUCCACCUUCUAGUGGAUGACAGCUGCUCCUCCCGGGUGGAUUGGAGGUAGUCCUCCGGCCCCUGGCAAACGGAAUGCCCUGCCGCAUUUUGGUGGAUGGUAGGGGUCUCCUCCGCCCCUCACAGCGGUUCUCCCACUCAAGGCGGUUGGUAGUGAGCCCCUACCCACUCGUGGACGAUGGUCUUCCCAUUGAGCCCACCACAUUUUACCGGCCAGUAGGGGCCACCUCCACCCCUGGUCGGUAAAGAGACCCUCCUCCCCUCGUGUUCGGCAGUCGUUCCUCCGCUUUCAGGCGGCCGGGCUCCUCCGUCCCCUGGCGGAUGGCCGCGGCUGCUCCUUUGGGGUGGAUGGUAAUGGUGAGGACUCUACUAUUGCGCGUCCCUCCUCCUUCCUGGGCUUCGGCACCAAUGUAAUGACGUAAAAGGGAAAGGAAAAAACGAGAACUGGACAAAGCAUCAAAGUAAUAUAUAAUUAAACAAAGACACAAACAUAACCACAAACACAUACAGGGCAGCAGCCUGUAGCUCUCACUCUCCCAAACUGCAGCAUCUGGUGGCCUUUAUCCCUCUUGUCGGCUUGAUUAGCCUGAUUAGGGGCCAGGUGUGCAUCAUCACGAUCCGGCCCCGCCCUCCUCCUAGCCACAGUAUGCUUCAUCGUUACCGUCAAAAGCUUUGUAGAAAACUCCUUAACCAUAAUCAUCCAAACACAUGCUAAACUGUAAAUGCAGCUGUGGAUAAAAGUGCUGCCUCUGAACACAGCAGAAGAUAUUUCCAGAAGGCCUAAUAAAAGAUCUAAAGGGGUGUUCACACUCGCAGCGAUUUGCAGCAAAAAAAUGACAACUCAUUUAGUUUUAUUAAGAGUUGGAUAUUUGAGGUGACAUAAGUGGCAGUGACAAAUGGUGAUGCGAUGUUGGUAUGACAAGCGACACAUUUUAUUUUAUGCAAAUAAGUGGUAACGCAAAUCAGCAACUUCCAACAGGAGUGAAGACAUUGUAGCUCCCAUGAUCCAUUUUGUAGUCAAGUCAGGCGAAAUGGAAAAGUUAACAGAAACUGUGAGCAAUUUCCCUGUUCUUUAUAUAUAUAUAUAUAUAUAUAUAAUAAAAAGUAUACGUUGAACGUGGAAAAUUUCGAUGAGUUUAAUUCAAGCACAUGAUAAUCAUUCAUCUUAUUCCUUAAAUGAUACAUUAUGCACUGCUGCAUCUUAGAUGCAAAUGCUUUCCCUUGAUUUGUUGUCAAAGUUGAAUAAUAUCUAUAUUUUUGCUGUCAAUACAUCACAAUUGUGAUCAGAUAAAAACAAUAGAGCAACUUGGCGAUCUCCAACAAUAAAAUCGCAAUCAGUGUGAAAUUUUGAGCAUUGGAUUAAUAGAGAUUUUUGAGAAUUUUUGGAGGCAAAUAAAAUGGAAAUCUCCCAAUCCAUCUUUGAUGAGUGUGUACUAGUUAAAUCGAUCAACCCAUCCAAUAAUCUUGCAAUCAUGUUAUUUCCCCAGACAAAUGAACUUAAUCUCACUACAGAAAAUAAAAAGGCAUAAAACUCA